AUGGCGUUCCGCGAGCGCAUCAAGAAAGCCCUACGAAAAGCCUCUCCCAACUCUUCAAUCCACAAGGACUCCACGACAGACUCGAACAGAAGCCGAGAACGAUGGCCGUCAAACGUAUACAAGCCUGGGGAAACAAUGCCUCGAGCAAAGUACCGUGCCCCGGUCAAAAAAGAACACAAGGAGAAACUCGAAUCCUUCAGUUUUGCAUCAGCCUGGAGGAGAAAGAGUUUUAUGAGCGAAUACAGUCCCAUGGGCACAAGAAUGCCCAGUCGACGAGCGAGUCUGAUCAGCAGAAAGAGUUUCGGAGGCAGAAGCAGUUUGAGAAACAGCAUGAAUAUGAGCAGGAGGAAUAGUGUUUCAGGAGGCGUGAAGAGCGGUCGCGAAAGUCUGGAAGUACCGCGAGAGAGACAUGCAGCUCUUGCACCUGCAUUGUCGACAGAGAUAGAAGCAGAUGGCGACGACGAUGUCACAAAUGUCGGUCUCUCGCGGGUUCAGUCCAGAGAAGACAAACCGCAUCGUCCCGUUUACUCCCGCCGUCAAACCGCCGAGUUCAGAGUCAGAGCUCCCACCAAGGCAUCACCGCUCGCACAAACAACGGAAGCAUCCACGUCAACACCAUCACAAGCGCAGCAAGCAGCUGCUUUUGCUCACGACCACACACCCUUCACCGAAGAAGAGCUGGCGAGAGCACUACAACGCAGUCAUCUCGAGAUCUCGGCUCACUGA